GUUGUUGUUGUAUUACUACAGAUGACUGGCAAGCUGAAAAAAAUUCUACUGUAUACUUGUUGGGUGAUAACCUCCAUGUUCAAGCAGAUAUCAGAAAAGGAAACCACUCACCACUCCGCCUGUUUAUUGAUACCUGCAUGGCCACAUCAAAAGCUGAUGGAGAUUCUGAUCCACAAUAUAAUAUCCUCGACUUCCAUGGAUGUCUCAUAGAAAGAAAUUUUCAUGAUGUAGGGCCAUCCUUCAUAAUUCCAAGGACUCAGUUAGAAACACUCCAGUUUACCAUUCCAGCAUCCCAAAUCGCUAGAGACAAAAACAGCAUGAUCUACAUUGCAUGCCAUCUGAAAGCCACUGCAGCUGCCCAGGAUCCAGAUUUCUUAAAUAAAGCUUGCUCAUUCAACAGAGAAAGAGAGAUUUGGUUACCUGUAGAGGGUUCCAUGGAAAUCUGUAACUGCUGUGAGACUGGAGAUUGUGGUUCUCCUGGAAAGCACAAAUCAAGUGAUACCGGCAGUCUUCAUGUGCCCAGCCAAAGGAAAACUGGUUCAAACAGAAAUUAUGUUGACCUCUCUAAAGGAGAAAUGGAAGCUGACCUUGUGGUGGGUCCUGUCUUAAUCCAGAAGGCUGCUGGGAAUCAUGAAAGAGACCAAGUAGGAGUAGAAGAAGAGAUGCUGGCAAAAGGCCAGAAAGCUAACAUAUUUCCUGUGAUAGAAGUGGAUGCUGAUUAUGAAAUUGGACAUGAGUUUAUCCUUAAGGCUGAUAAAGAACUACAUUGGAUUCUCCUUCCAAACAGAACUGUGAAAGGCAAGUAGUGCUCUGCAAAUUUCUAUCUUGCAGAUGUCUAAAAAUCGUGUAACAUAAUGUAUUGCAUUAUCUACCAUUUCUAUUCUGACUACCAUUCUGCUACAAGAUUUUUUUUCUGCAGGAAACCAUAACUAGUCACAAUGGUUCUACUGUAAAAGAAGCCCUACUUUUUCGUUAAGCUGUCAUAUACAGAUCAUGUUGACAAAUAUCAUGAAGGUAUAUAAUAUAAACAAUUACUGAUAUCAAAAUCUUAAUAGAUUAGGAAAGGUACAGUCUAUACAUUAUCUUAAGCCAAAUAUUAAAACCCUAGGUAUGUAUUUACAUAUGAAAUUUGAAACAUCAUCCGUGUGUCGUACUCCCCCCCCCCAGUGAUCUGGGUGGUAUCAAAGGGAGGGGUUUUGAAACAACUGCAAUAAAUGAGGAAACAAUCUAUAGUUUAGAGGUUGAGCAGUUUUGCUUAAAAUAAAAGUGUAGUCAACAAAAUGUUAGAUAACGGCGAUGUGGGAAUUUAUAUCUUCAGGUUUGAGGUAGCCAAAGAAAUAUUGAACAUACAUCUGAAUGAUUUGCUUUUGAGGGAGCAGAGGUGGAGAAUGCCAUGCAACUUUCUGCCGAAACAAUCUAUUUGAUUCUUAAAGCUGUAAAAGACUUAAUUGUAAAAAUUAUGUUUAAAAACCAGUCUUGUCCAUAGAUGAAGUAUUGGCCAUGGGAUCUAAUGAUGAAUCUGAUGAGGUAUACUCUGGCAGUGGCGACCUGAACAUUGAGAUGUCACCUGUGGACAUGAUCAUGAUGACACCUCAAGAUGAAGUAUUGGCCAUGGGAUCUAAUGAUGAAUCUGAUGAGGUAUACUCUGGCAGUGGCAACCUGAACAUUGAGAUGUCACCUGUGGACAUGAUCAUGAUGACACCUCAAGAUGAAGUAUUGGGCAUGGAUUCUGAUGACAAAUCUAAUGAGAUACACUCUGACAGUGCAGAUCUGAACACUGAGAUAUCACCUGUGGAAGUGACCAUGAUGACACCUCAAGGCAAUGCACCGGUGAAGGGAACUAUCUUGGGACAAAUUCUAACUACAGCAACUGGAAUUCUGUUUUUUUUUCUUGUUUAGCAGCAUUGCUUAAAUAUACAUGCCAAAUUCCAGCAACUAUAAUUUUUUUGUGUGUUUUGCAACAUUGUUUAAUACACGUCAAAUUGCAUUCAUAUAUAUGUAAAAAUAAAGCAUAUUAAAGGC